AUGACUGCUGAAAGAACAAACGUAAACGUUGCUAUUAUUGGUACUGGUACCAUUGGUGGUGAAUUAUUGAACCAAAUCAAGGAGUUUAAUGUCAAGGCCUCCAAAAAUGGUACUCCUUCCUUCAACGUAGUCGCCAUCACCAGCACAAGGGGUUACUGUGUCUCCAAGGACUACAAACCCAUUGAUUUGACCCAAUGGAGAAGUUUGCAUGCCCAAAACCAAGGUGCUCUCUCCGUUGACAUUUUGCUCGAUUUCCUCUCGAGUUCUCCUCUUCCUGCCAUCAUGAUUGACAACACUUCUUCCGAGCUCGUCGCUAGCUCUUACCCCAAGUUUUUGGCCAAGAACAUUAGCAUCGCUACCCCCAACAAGAAGGGUUUCUCUGCAGAUGCCGAUGUCUAUAACUCUUUGGUCGAGGCUUCCAAGACAAGCAAUGCUCAUUUGAUGCACGAGGCUUCCGUUGGUGCUGGUUUGCCUAUCAUCUCCACACUCAAGGAACUCAUUGCUACUGGUGAUGAAAUUCUCAAGGUCGAAGGUAUUUUCUCUGGUACUUUAUCUUACAUUUUCAAUGUUUGGUCUCCCAACGGCAAGAAGAGCACUGCCUCUUUCUCUGAUAUAGUCAAAGUCGCCAAAGAAAAUGGCUACACUGAACCCGAUCCUCGUGACGAUUUGAACGGUAUGGACGUUGCUCGUAAAGUCACUAUUUUGUCUCGUCUUGCCGGUGUUCAAGUAGACUCUCCCAGUUCCUUCCCUGUCAAAUCUUUGAUUCCUAAGCCUUUGGAAUCUGCCGUGAAUGCCGAUGAGUUUAUGGCUGGCUUGCCCAAUUACGAUGCUGAGUUUGCCAAGAUCCGCGACGAAGCUGAGAAGGAAGGAAAGGUUGUUCGUUUCGUUGGUGAAGCCGAUGUUGUCAACAAGUCAACCUUGGUUAAGCUUGAAAAGUACGAUGCCUCCCACCCUUUUGCUAACCUCCAAUCCUCUGAUAACAUUAUUGCUUUCACUACCAAACGUUAUCAAGCACGCCCUCUUGUCAUUAUUGGUGCUGGUGCUGGUCCCGCCGUCACUGCUGCUGGUGUUCUUGGUGAUAUGAUCAAGAUUAUGUCUCAAGUUCGUGCUCAUGAUGCUCCUAGCGCUUGA